CGCCCACUUCCGGCUUCUGCGCCUCAGCAUGGCUGCUUUGCGUUUACUGCUGUUUACAGGUGUCCGGAGGCUGCACUGCGGCGCCGCGGCUCGGGCGGGCAGUCAGUGGCGACUCCAGCAGGGUCUUGCUGCCAACCCCUCCGACUACGGGCCCCUUACGGAGCUUCCAGACUGGUCUUACGCGGAUGGCCGCCCUGCUCCUCCAAUGAAAGGCCAGCUUCGAAGAAAAGCCCAAAGGGAAAAGUUUGCAAGACGAGUUGUACUGCUGUCACAGGAAAUGGAUGCUGGAUUACAGGCAUGGCAGCUCAGGCAGCAAGAGAAGUUACAGGAAGAAGAAAGGAAGCAGCAGAAUGCUCUUAAACCCAAAGGGGCUCUACUGCAGAACCCACGACCAAGUCAAUAAAAAGCAACUCCUGUCUCCCCUGGCCUGGCUCUGGCUUUCUUUUCUAUCACCUAGAUGUGUCAUCCCAGCCAGAAGAAAGUCUUUAUGUUCCCCAUCUGUCUUCAGGGCAAAAGAGGAUGGACACCAGGAAGAAGAGGCUGUAAGAUCACCGCCUGGAAGUGUUGGCACAGUGCCCUCACCACAGCUCCAUUCCGGUUCAGCAGAAUCUUGCUCGGGGGUAUUGACCCCCUCUUUUGCAGGCUAUAGGACUGGCUCUGCAAACAUGAAAAAGUUUUCCUGGCUUUAGCCACACACUCAAGCCUUUAACAGCCCAUACACAGUUCAGGCCUCAUGCAGUUACGCAUUAAUAAAUGUUUUGAUGAAAAA